CCCAGCAGAGGGGCCCGACCAGAGAUGUGGUGACGUCAACAGUUUGUUGCUCGGACGAGAAACAGCAGGGUUGGGUCUGCAAAAUUUUCUAAGCUAGUUUUCGUGUUUGUGAUAAUACCGAGCCUUCUGUAUUUACGUGGCCGGUAAACGUUGAGAAGCGGCUCUUUUUGUGUAUCAUGUAAGCUGGAUACUUUGGUUGGGGCGAAAUUGCAGGGACGCAAUCUGUCCAGGCAGUUUUGACGCAUUCAUUUUCCAGAGCGGAGCGCACACACACACACGUACACACACACUAUCUCUCUCACACACACACAGGCUGCGAAUGACCAUAGAGCCUGUUAGCACGUAGCGCACCUCGGCCAUAAAACGUAGCAAGUGGUUAUCGUCGGGGAUUAAAGCUAGCAGGCUCGCUAGCUGACGCCAAACCAGGCAUGGACGACAAGUCAUUCACCAAGGAGCUGGACGGAUGGAUUGAGCAACUCAACGAAUGCAAGCAGCUCUCAGAAAAUCAAGUCAAAGUCCUCUGCGAAAAGGCUAAGGAGAUCUUGACAAAGGAGUCCAACGUGCAGGAGGUGAGAUGUCCAGUGACAGUGUGUGGAGAUGUCCACGGUCAAUUUCACGACCUAAUGGAGCUGUUCAAGAUUGGGGGCAAGUCUCCAGAUACCAACUACCUCUUCAUGGGAGACUAUGUAGACAGGGGCUACUAUUCUGUGGAAACAGUCACACUUCUGGUAUCUCUUAAGGUAAGGUACCGUGAAAGAAUCACAAUUCUUAGAGGGAACCACGAGAGCAGGCAGAUCACGCAGGUGUACGGCUUCUACGACGAGUGCUUGAGGAAAUAUGGGAAUGCCAAUGUUUGGAAGUACUUCACAGACCUGUUUGAUUAUCUGCCCCUCACUGCGCUGGUAGAUAACCAGAUUUUCUGCCUCCAUGGAGGAUUGUCUCCUUCAAUAGACACACUGGAACACAUCAGAGCGCUGGAUCGCUUGCAGGAGGUUCCUCAUGAGGGUCCAAUGUGUGACUUGUUGUGGUCAGACCCAGAUGAUCGUGGUGGGUGGGGCAUCUCCCCCCGUGGUGCAGGUUACACUUUCGGGCAGGACAUCUCCGAGACCUUCAACCAUGCAAAUGGCCUAACUCUGGUCUCAAGAGCCCACCAGCUGGUGAUGGAGGGUUAUAAUUGGUGCCACGACCGUAACGUAGUCACAAUCUUCAGUGCACCAAACUAUUGUUACCGUUGUGGAAACCAGGCGGCAAUCAUGGAGCUUGACGACACAUUGAAAUACUCCUUCCUACAGUUCGACCCUGCUCCGCGCAGAGGAGAGCCCCAUGUGACCCGACGUACUCCUGACUACUUCCUGUAAAGACCCCAAUGCUUGAAAAGUUAACAGUCAACUGGAGGGAGUCCGGGAGAAUGGCAACAGGCUACACAGAGGUUUGAGAAAUGAAGCAUUCAUUACCCCACGGACCAAAAAUGUGUGCCAUAAUCACAAUGAAAUGGAAAAUGUCACAUUUAGCUAAGACCACCACCAUCCUUUCAAACUGUUUUUCCUCUCUGUGCAUGAUGUUUUUAUUGCUAGAAAUGAUUGUCAUGAACAAUACAGUCACAAUACCUGCUGGUUUUGUCAGGAAAAAUAUAUACGCAAUGAAUGAACUAAUGCUGAGAAUAAUGCCUAAAUGUAAGUAACUUUUGUGUUAGGAUGUUAAUGAUGACCGGAGUGUGUUGCCAUAUACAGUAUAUAAAGCUGCAUCUUUCACUUGGCAUGGCCUCAAAUCAAAGGUUGCAGUAAAUAUAAUGUGAAUUUUUUUUUUUUUUUUUUUUUUGGUUACUGAAGCGCAACAAUUUAUUUUGUGAAGUGAGAUCAUAGGGUUAGAUGUCGGAAAUAAAUUGUUCUCUUUGCACUUUUGUAUUUGAUUUUUAUCACAUGGCACUGACAAACUACAUUCUUUUUAUAUCCUAUUCUAGUGUAAGUAGCCCUCUUUUUUGCUCUGCUAUUAUGGGAGUUAAUGUAUUUACUUUCAGUAGGCAAUACUGGUACAGAUCAGUUGUAAAAAAAAAAAGAAAGAAAGAAAAACACAAUAAAUGUUUUGCGGCCCCGGCUAUAUCAAAUAAAGAUUAAACUUGCUUCGUCA